UUAUGACCGGAUUCGGUCCAUUGUUAUGGCUGUCGAUUGCCGCUUGUCUUCAACAAGCAGGCGCAUUGGAAUGUUUAGAAUGCAUUGAUGUCGCUGAACCGAAUUUGUGCAAUGACACUUUAGUAUGUGCUUCUGGUGAGUCUUGUUAUGUACAAACGAGACAGACAUCACCUGUCACGCGAUAUCAAAUGGGCUGCCAAAACAAUCAGUUGUGCACAAGCAGCAAUCUACAUGGAGGAGCAGAGAUUGUCGGACGGGCUAUAAACACUCGCCAAGUGACCGGUUGCCACGAAUGCUGCUUGACUGACGAAUGCAAUGGAAGACUUUGUGAUCACGAAAAACCGACCGCUUGCAUUGAUUCGGAGACCGUGGACUGCGCACUUCUAAAUUCACUGUUGAGCGUAUGUGCUGACGUGGACCACGCAAAGACGAUAUGUCCAAAGUAUUGUGGACUUUGCAACCUUGUUGAUGGAAACUGGGCUGACUGGUCUAGCUGGGGUCAAUGUGACGUCACAUGCGAAAAUGGGACACAAUUGCGUACACGCACCUGCACUAAUCCAGAACCGAGAGAUGGCGGUGCGGAGUGUGUAGGUUCAGGGAAUGAGACAACAGUCUGCGUCAGGGAACUAUGCCCUGUUCAUGGCGGAUGGAGCGUUUGGAAUCAUUGGAGUCCUUGUUCUGUGUCUUGCGAUGCAGGACUUGCUACCCGUCAGAGGAAUUGCAAUAAUCCUAAGCCGGAUAGAUGUGGUGACCACUGCUUCGGGGAUACAAUUGAAUCAAGGAUAUGCAUGCAAAGACCGUGUGCUGACGGUGGCUGGUCACAAUGGUCGCCUUGGGGUGUAUGUGAGGGGAGACAACUUGUGCGAAACCGCAGCUGCAACAACCCAGAACCAUCCAUGUUCGGCAAGCAGUGUGCAGGAACAGAUAUGCAAACUAAACCAUGUUCAGGUGGUUUGGUGUACUUCAAUGCCCAUGGCCAUAGUCUGUAUCAGACAAAUUAUUUGACAUGCCCUAUUGUUGUUGACAAUGUCGGCCACGGUUAUCAUAGCAACAACGGCUCCUUUGUCGCGCCGGUCGAAGGACAGUUUUUCUUUUCUGCUCAGAUAUGUACAAGCAAUGGACAAACCGUAGAUGUCCAACUGCGCCAUGUUCCGUUGUCUGGGUCUGAACUAGCGAUAGCUGGCAACAUAGCACAUGGAUCUGGGGACUACGACUGUGCUACUGCUUCUGCUCCCGUGCUCUUGCGUACCGGCGACCAAGUCAGAGUCUACACGUCAGCGGCAGACAAAAUCCCGCUAUUCGACGAUCCGACAACGUUCUGGACAUCAUUCAAUGGGGUUUUAAUUCAAUAGAUAUAUAACUAAGGAACUAAAUUGAUGCCUAGUACAUAGGUGUAUCGUUAAUAAUCUGUUAUUUAAUUUUCCUUAAAAGGGACUGUACAUUAGAUUGGCACAAAAAAUAGUGUUUUUCUGUAACGAAUCUUAGGAGAAUUAUUUAAUAGAAUGUGUUACGCUUUGAUAUCAUAAUUGUAAAAAAAGUACCAAAAUGUGGGAAAAAAUGUGUCGGUUACCGGGUUCGAACCCGUGUCGCCAAAAUUGAAGUCCAGUGUAGUAUCCACUGUGCUAAGAAGGCUAACUCCAAACGAGUGGUAUAUUUAAGCUAUAUACUUAACUUGGUUAUAUCACGUUAUAACAUCGACUAGCCAAUCAUGCAUAAGGAAUGAAUUCUACUAGGUAGACAUACCCAGUAAUCUUUUUUCUAAUGGAAAAAUACCAAAUAACUGCUAAACUUAAUCAAAUUGUAAACUAUGUGGUACUUUAGUUAGUAAGUUUCAAUGCAUUGUACACAUUAAUAUCAAUUUUUGUCAGUUUUCGACAAUUUUCUUUUUUUCUUGCAAAUUGAUCAUCUGGUGCACAGUUGCUUUAACGCCUACGAAGAAAUUCAAGAUUUUUAUACGUCAACUUGUUUUAUGAUACUGAUGUUUGUUACAUAAUUCUUUAGCUUAAUUAAGAUAUCAACAAACUGGGGGAUAACAAAAGAUAAUGCUUGCAAGUAUCAAACAAAUACGAUAUUUUAUUGAAUAAGUGCACACAUAUUUCAAUAUAGUCAUUUGAAGUGUCAAUAUGUUUUACAGCCAACACUAACAAUAAACACUACAUUUGUAUUUCAAUCUUUCAUUAACUCUAUAUUGUACAGUACAUGCUCUGCAAAUUUUUUUCCCUGAAUAUUAA